AUGAUUAAACCCGUGCAACGAGUAGUCCAGUAUCCACUACUCUUAAGGGCUAUACAAUCCUGCUGUGAACCAGAUACCCUUCAAGCUAAGCAGGUCCAAGUAGCACUUCAAAAGAUGCAGACAUUGGCCGAGUAUGUGAACGAGAUGCAGCGAGUACAUGAGCAAUAUGCACCAAACAUAGACGCGCUGAGAAGACAAAAUGAGGUCAUGUUCAAGGAAAAAGGUCUUCGAAUCGACAUUCGCGAUCUGCUAUUGUUCGCUCAUGUCCAAUGGCUUAAUACCGAGAAGUAUAUGCAGGAUUAUGUGAUUUUCGUCUUUCAAACGCUGAUUCUUCUCCUUCCAAGGACUGCUAGAAAAGAAUGCAAGGUAUUACUACCCCUUUGUACAAUGCUUGCGGUGAUGCAACGCAGUUACUGA